GGAGACCGCGCGAGAGCGAGGCAGCUGGUAGAGUUCUCACAGCGAGGGUUUCCGCUCACCUAAAAUAAAGAGGUGGCGAGCCGAGGACAAGGAACAACGGAACAGCAACGUUACUGACGGAACUAGGCGUUCAAAACGUUAUAUUUUUGGGUAUUAUUUUGCCACAUUCUAGUUUUGGGUGUAUCUUUUUAUACAACCGGUAAUUCGUCGGAUAUGAAGCAGUGAGAGGAAGGCUCGCCGCUGGUAACCUUUAGUUGGUUAGGUUGUAGAGGACUCUCACUGGUUGCCGGAGGAAAAGAUGUGCGAUGGAAUGGUAGCGUUUCAGACGAGAGCCCUGUCCUCCUCUUCUUCUUCUUCCUCUUCCUCCACCUCCUCCGCUCUAGCCCACAGGCUGGCUGCCUCCGCGCUUCUCCUCCUCUUCACCCUGCUCCCUCAUGGUCACGCAUCAGAUUGUGCACGGCCACCCGGCGUGCAGCACGGAGACUUGCUGAACCAGACCGAAGCCAACCGGGGCUCUUUUCCCCCGGGAACCCUGCUGGCUUAUGGCUGCGAGACUGGCUACACUGCAGAUGGAACCACCACCAUCAUUUGUACCAGCUCUGGAGCCUGGUCCCAUCAACCUCCACUCUGUAUCAGAAGCAGCGUGUGUUCGCCCCCCACUGAGCCAGAGAACGGGGGCUACCGCUGUCACCCGUCUCCCUGCCACCGGCUCACCCAGAAGACCGUCAUUGAGUACUUCUGUGACGAGGGCUACGCUCUGAAGGGAGACUACAAGUUCCUCACCUGUCAGAACGGCGAGUGGGACGGUCCUAUGCAGAUUAGCUGCCGACUCACACAAGACAAGGAGCCGAGCUCUCCUCUGGGGAUACCUACUCUGUCUAUUGUGGCAUCCACAGCUAGUUCUGUGGCUCUCAUCCUCCUAUUAGUGGUGCUGUUUGUUCUUGUACAGCCAAAACUCAAGUCCUUCCAUCACAGCAGGAGGGAGCAGGGCGUCUCAGGCCAGUCCAGCUCCAUCAUGGUUGAGGGCGUCCAGGUGGCACUGCCCUCCUAUGAAGAAGCUGUUUAUGGAAACGGUGGACCUUGUGGUGGUUCUGGCCCUCCUCCUUCCCCACCACCCCCUCCGGCUCCUCCAGAGUCUCGAGUCCCCAUCGUGCUCUCCGAGGGUCUUCCUCAGGGAGCCACGGGAGGCCAAGGCCCCAGCAGAACGCGCCACCACAGAGACUUAGACUUCUGUCUCCCAUCCACAUCCGCCUCGUCAUCCUUCUCCUCGCGGCGUCAUGCAGAGACAGUGCUGGUUCAUCAGGCCCCCUCUUCCUCCUCCUCUUCAUCAUCAUGGGCUAGAGAGCACCCUGGGGGUGCAUGUGCGGGGCCCCUACCUCUCCGUAGAGACUCUGAGAGCAGCGACCAGCACAGUCUGAUUUCUGUCACCUCUACAGAUGACUUCUCUGAUGAUAUUCCCCUUCUGAAGGAAGCAUGAAGCCUCCCAGUCUGCUAUCAGCCUCAGCAGCAGAGCCUUUACUUCCCUAUCUCUCACUGCUGACCUGGACUCACUGUGGCUGUCAACCUACUUUCCCAAAGCUCCCCUGAGCAGCCAGCAGAGAAAAGACUAGAACUACACCCCAUUCCCCAUGCAACCUCUUCUGCCAUUGCGACCCGCGCAG